GAAGAAGAAGUUAAACAGUGCUCUUGUUUUUCGAUUGCAAAUGCAUAUUUAGAAAAAAAUCUGGAGAACAACCGGCAAUUAAGCGAUGGAAACACAACCUGAGGUGCCCGAGGUGCCGCUGCGUCCAUUUAAAUUGGCGCAUCAGGUUGUGAGUCUCACAGGCAUCAGUUUCGAGCGGAAGAGCAUAAUCGGCGUGGUUGAGCUAACCAUUGUUCCGAACAGCGAGAACCUUCGCCUCAUCCGCCUAAAUGCCAAGCAGCUCCAGAUCUACAGUGUCGUUCUAAAUGAUGUCUGCCAGGCGACAUUUUUGUACUUCGAUCCCUUCAGGGACAUUAUGCACAAGGAUCCUAAAAGCCGCGUAUUGGAGGUCUACUCGAAAUUCCAUCUGGACGCGGCUCAAAUCACUGAUCCUGAUGUAAAUAAUGGAGAGCUGUUGAUAGAGGUUCCGCCUGAGGGGUACUCGAUGAUCCAGGAGGGGCAAGGUCUUCGUAUCCGUAUCGAAUUCUCCCUGGAGAAUCCUAAGGGCGGUGUCCAUUUCGUCAUACCACCUACAUCAACAGAAGACGAAAAUCAGAUUAACUGCUCACAUAUGUUCACCAACUGCUAUGAGAAUUCCACUCGUUUAUGGUUUCCUUGUGUGGACAGCUUCGCAGAUCCGUGCACCUGGCGGUUGGAGUUCACUGUGGACAAAAACCUGACGGCAGUAUCUUGCGGUGAACUUGUGGAAGUUAUUAUGACGCCCGAUCUGCGAAAGAAAACUUUUCACUAUUCGGUAACCACUCCCGUAUGUGCGCCAAAUAUUGCUCUGGCUGUCGGUCAGUUCGAGAUCUACGUAGACCCGCACAUGCACGAGGUUACCCAUUUUUGUCUGCCCGGAAUGCUGCCUCUGCUUAAGAACACGGUUCGCUACCUGCACGAGGCCUUUGAAUUCUUCGAGGAGACUCUAUCUACGCGCUAUCCAUUUUCGUGCUACAAACAGGUGUUUGUAGAUGAACUUGAUACGGACAUAAGUGCCUAUGCUACAAUGAGCAUUGCCUCGGUGAACCUAUUGCAUUCCAUAGCAAUCAUCGAUCAGACCUAUGUAUCCCGAACCUUUAUGUCACGGGCUGUGGCAGAGCAAUUCUUUGGGUGCUUCAUAACAUCACAUCAUUGGUCGGACACCUGGCUGGCCAAGGGAAUUGCCGAGUACCUGUGUGGACUGUAUUCGAGAAAGUGUUUCGGCAACAACGAGUACCGCGCUUGGGUGCAAUCAGAACUGGCGCGGGUGGUACGCUAUGAGGAGCAGUAUGGCGGUAUUAUCCUCGAUUGCAGUCAGCCUCCAGCUCCGUUACCUGUUUCAAGUACAAAUCCAUCGGCUGCUGCCAGCAAACAGCAGGAAAUUGUGCACUAUUUUCCUAUUAAGAGUUUACACACCGUUUCGCCCAAGUAUGUGGAGGCGAUGAGAAGGAAGGCCCAUUUGGUUAUUAGAAUGCUGGAACAUCGCAUCGGCCAGGAACUGCUCAUUCAGGUGUUCAACAAGCAGUUGGCUUUGGCCACUAAUGCGGCAACUACAAAGAUUGGUGCUGGACUCUGGUCUCAACUGCUCAUCUCGACCAACAUUUUUAUUAAGGCCAUCUUUACGGUAACGGGCAAGGAUAUGUCCGUUUUCAUGGAUCAGUGGGUGCGGACUGGAGGUCAUGCAAAGUUCUCACUCACCUCUGUGUUUAAUCGCAAGCGGAACACCAUUGAACUGGAGAUCCGCCAGGACUUUGUUAACCAACGAGGAGUUAGGAAGUACAACGGCCCUUUGCUAGUUCAGCUACAGGAGUUGGAUGGUACUUUCAAGCACACACUGCAGAUUGAGAACACCUUGGUGAAGGCGGAUAUUACCUGCCACUCAAAGAGCAGGCGUAACAAAAAGAAAAAGAUUCCUUUGUGCACAGGCGAGGAGGUGGAUAUGGAUUUAACAGCCAUGGAUGACUCACCUGUGCUUUGGAUCCGUCUUGACCCGGAGAUGAUUCUGCUGCGAGACCUGAUUAUCGAGCAACCCGACUUCCAGUGGCAGUAUCAGCUUCGGCAUGAGCGCGAUGUUACCGCCCAAUUCCAGGCCAUUCAAGCCCUGCAAAAAUACCCAACAAAUGCCACAAGGCUGGCUUUGACCGACACUAUAGAGAGCGAACGUUGUUUCUACCAAGUGCGCUGCGAGGCGGCGCACAGUCUGACCAAAGUAGCCAACCAGAUGGUGGCCUCCUGGAGCGGCCCACCCGCAAUGCUAAACAUAUUCAGGAAGUUUUUUGGAUCAUUUAGUGCUCCGCACAUCAUCAAGCUGAACAACUUCUCAAAUUUCCAGCUGUACUAUCUGCAGAAGGCAAUUCCCGUGGCAAUGGCGGGAUUGCGCACAUCCCACGGUAUCUGCCCGCCGGAAGUGAUGCGUUUCCUCUUCGAUCUCUUUAAGUACAAUGAAAAUUCGCGUAACCAUUACACGGAUGCCUACUACAGAGCGGCUUUGGUGGAAGCACUAGGCGAAACACUAACACCUGUGGUUUCGGUGGCUAUACAUGGAACACAAAUUACCACGGACAGUCUAUCAACAGAUGCAAAACUGGUGUUAGAUGAAGUGACUCGCCUUCUUAACAUGGAGAAGCACCUCCCUUCGUACAAGUACAUGGUGUCCGUGUCCUGCCUAAAGGUUAUCCGAAAGCUGCAGAAAUUUGGUCACCUGCCCUCACUGCCACACAUUUACCGCAGCUAUGCGGAGUAUGGAAUAUAUUUGGAUCUCCGUAUUGCAGCUAUGGAAUGCUUGGUAGACUUUGUAAAAGUAGAUGGUCGAAGUGAGGAUCUGGAGCAUUUGAUCACGCUGCUGGAAACCGAUCCCGAUCCUGCUGCCCGCCAUGCGUUGGCUCAAUUGUUGAUCAACAAUACGCCCUUUACUCGCGAAUCUCGCAGUCGUCUGGAUAAACCCAAUCUAGUGGAUCGUCUGUGGCUUAGUAUCAACACGCUGGCAAAUGACACCAAACUGCGUUGCGAUAUCGUCGAUCUGUACUAUGCUCUGUACGGAAGCAAGCGUCCGAAUUGUUUACAGGCCGGUGAGAACCAGAGUUUCUACAAGGACUUCAUGAAAGAUAAUAGUGGCAGUACUGGCAGUGUUACCGGCAGUUUUAAGAAGACCAGCGAUUCUAAGCCACCGCCGCAAACAAUGUUGGACGUCUUAGACAAUGAUCCGCAGGAGCGACAUAAGCCUGCUUUGGUCACAAUAAAAAGAACAGCCACGGAAGCCUUUGAGGUGGGAGAUGAGAUUAUCAAACUGGAACGAAGCGAGGAGAUCACCGUGCUGGAUGAGCCAGUCAACGUUCAGGCUUAUGACAGUGAGACCAAAGUGAAUAUCCUGCCGAGAGAUGACGAUGCACCCGAAUCGCAUCAGGCUGUUAAGCGCCUUAAAACCGAAAUCUAUGCCGAGGAUGAUAACUCUUCUGUAAUGCUUGACGUGGGCGACUCCACCAAAUAUGAGAGCAGCUACGAGGAGGGAAAGCUUAAGUCUGGUGAUGGCCUGAUGAAGAAGAAAAAGAAAAAGGAAAAGAAGAAACACAAACAUAAACACAAGCAUAAGCACAACAAGGACAAGGACAAAGAUAAGGAUAAGGACCGUGAACGCAAGGAUAAGGACAAGCGAGAUCCGCAGAUAUCUCGUUUGCAGGCCCGAGAGACUGCCACUCCAGACACGCUUAGCUCAGCGGACAGUAGCAACAGUAACAGCCUUCCGCCCAUGAACCUUAACUAAGUGAGGGUUCUAAUGGGCGGAAAAAACCGUUAUCUUUUUGUGAAGGGGAAAGGUGGCAAAAUAAACGGAAAAUAAGUUUUAGCCAA